AUGGCCCAAUUCAAUUAUCACAAGGAACUGACGUCAAAGCUAAAGUCAGUCAAGUACCUCCACGUUUUGAGGGAAUUCAAUGCAGCCGCGGACUCACUAGCGACGGAAGCACUGGAAUCGAAGACAUCAAAAGUGGUAUUAGAUGAAAGCCGAAAACUCGAGUUGGCAGGACUCAAUCGCAUCCGAGAAGUGAUCUACGACUCCAGCCAAACCAGAAUUGAGGUAAAACCCGUUGCUGAAGACUCAAUUCGAAAUGCAAGUGACGUUGACCCAGCAGCGAUUCAAUCAGAGCGGCGACGGAGAAUUGCUAUCGCCCAAGACGAAGAGCUUAAAUGGCUCAAUCUGAAAACGGUUUUACGAGGAAACUCCGACAAGCUCAAAUAUAGAGCUGCCCGAGAUGCGUGGAAGAUCGCGGAACGAUUUCUCUUGACUGACGACAAUGUGUUGUAUUAUAUGAACUCGACUCCGCGGAAUCAACAAGCCAACCAAGAGGAAUUGAGAUUGCGACUGGUAGUCCCAACUACAAUGAUCCAAGAAGUUCUUCAAAACAACCAUGACUCAUUGGAAGGUGGACACCAAGGCGUAGUGAGGACAUAUCAACGAGUGAAGCAAGAUUAUUAUUGGUUUGGCAUCUACGCAGACGUUGCAAAACACGUGAAGUCGUGUCCGGAUUGUAGUUCAAGUAAGAGCAAACCACAGUUGUGA